AUGUCAGAGCUGAAAUCAAAACAGGGCACCGACUCUCCCCAGGACGACAAUGGCCUGUCUGCUGAGGCUGGCGCAUCUGAAACCCUGCCUACCAAUGCCGAAGACCGCGCUGCCGCCGCUGCGCUCUCGUCGUUGAAUGCGCCGACGACUGCAGCCGAUGCUGGAGAGGACGCGGAGGAGGAUGGAGCUAAGAAGCCGUCUAGCGCAGACCAGGAGGCGCUGGGGAAGGCCAUGAGCAGGCUGGAGAUGAUAGCUGGUGGCUCUGCGAAGAAAGCUGCUGCUGGCGGUGAUAAGAAGUCCAAGACGACCACGACUGCUGCUGCUGCGGGAGAGAUAGCUGCGGCCGCCGGUGCCAGUGGUGAAGUGGUCAAGAAGAAGCCGGUCAAGGUAGCAGCAGAGGAUGUGAACUUUCUGGUUGAUCAAUUGGACCUUACGAAGAUAAAAGCGACCGAGUUGCUGAGAGACCAUGAAGGAAAUGCUAUCAAGGCCAUUCGUGCCUUUAUCUCCCCUGCUAUCUCUGCGGCCUGA